AUGACUGAUGCUAUCUUCAAAUCACUUUCAGAGCUGCCAGCAAGGUCCGUUGAUCUGUCUGCACUUAACCUGACUGACUUGGUGAAUGGAAUGUUGGGCAGUGCCUUAAAAGACAGCAGGAAGUUCUUCUCCUUGCUGAGUAUUACUUCCUACAGUUCCUUCGCCUUCCACAAGUUCUCUGUGGUCAUUUACAACAUUUCGAACCUGAAGGCUGUGGACCUGGCCAAGUUCCCCACCCGCUACUGCUACUGCUUAAACAAUCAGACCAAUGACUUAUCAGACUUCACAGCCCUCCUGGUGGACAUCAUCGGAAAUUCUACCAGCUACCUCACAGAAAUUUUUAAGUCAACCUCCAUUCUUUCAGUGAGUCAGACAAAUGGAUCCGACUGUGUCUUCAUCUGUGUGAUGACAGGGAAGUCAGGACGGAAUCUUUCUGACUUCUGGGAGGUGGCGGAGAAAUUUCCUGUUAUUAAUUACACAUUUACCAGCAGCAUGUCUGGCAUUCUGGCUACCAGGGGAACAGCCGUGACGUCAGAGCUCACACCUGUAAGUCAGAAAACACCACCAAGGACAAGAAUCUCCCCCACAGCCCAGAGCCCAGGAGUAUCUGCUUCCAGAACACCUCCAUGGAGAGAGACAGCUCCUCAUUCAGAGGAAGUGCAGACCAUGAGCAGAGACAGGACUCCUGAGACUCUCACCGCAACCAUGGCCAUGCCAGGUCACUCUCCUGCUUGGUUCUCAGUCUUGGCUCCCAAGAGAGUGACUGAGGUUUUAUGGGUGACAGCCAGUAGGCAGACGAAAGCUUCCACACUACCUGUGCCUUUGCCUCAGACCACUGCUGAAGAGACAGGUGGAGGACCUCCCAGUGGACGCCUUUUGUCCACAUCAGAAUCUCCUGCAGAGGCAAAGGAGGCCAUGGCCACAAAGAACCUUUGGGAACCUCCUGUCAGGACAAUGGCCAUACCUGGUAGUCCACUGAAGGUCAGCCCAACCUCAGGAACUUUCACUGUUGGCACACGAACUCUUAGUCCUACCAAGGCACCAGCCCCCAAGUAUCCACAGGCAGGUGAUGUACAGCCAUUUUCUCCUGGAGAAGAGCCGGUCCUAGUCUCUGUACCACACCAAGGUUCAAGGUGUCCUCAGCCACUCCUCAAGUUUGGGCUGAUGACAGCUGCUCCUCUCAGCCUGGCCAUUCAGAAGCUCAGCCCCUGUUUGAUGGAACUCUGCCGCUUUUUUCAGCAAUGUCUUUGCAUGAGCCAAAGGAGGACGACCAGGCUGGAGACCGUGAGAUACUGUCUUGACUACUAUUCCUGGUUUGUGAAGAAUGCAACCUAUGUCUGUCAAAGGAUGAAAAGGGUGUCUCACUCACAGACCUUAAAGCAAAAAUGCCUUGAAAAUAUCUGCAAGUCUGUGUGAGGCUUUGAAAAAGCAAUGGACCCAAAGUAUAAAUUCAGUGGCACGCUUCACCUUGGUCCUUGGUUCAAGUGGGCCGCACUUGGCAUAUCUCAGCCAGGAGUGAACUUCUAGAUCAUCAAGAAACUAAAAGCAACAAUUUUACAAUAGUAUUUUGUAUCUGUCUUGUGAAUCUGUAUAAGUACUAAAGGUGGAAAAGCAAGCAGCAAAAGCAGUUACAAGGUCACAGAAAUGUAUCUAUGCUCAAGAAACUCCCACGACACCCACAGCAUGCCCAAGACUGGAGACAUGGAGAAGAAACCAGCAUGGAUCAACUGGUUAUGGCACUGAAACUCUGGCACGCCACUUGAGAUUUUAAGAAGACAGCAAAGGGAUACAUGAAUGAUCCUGACCCUCGACUCAGGAGAGAUGCACAUGUUAUCACUCUAUAAGCUAACUCAGACUUGGUCAUUUACAACUAAGCAGACUCUGGAAACUAUGAAAUCAAGAUUUCUUUGUUAAACCCUUGCCCCCCACAGUAAGAGAGGAUGAGUAAUUAUCUUCAGGAAGAGUUGUUUUGUUGAUGUCAUGUCUUGAUUCCUCUUCUUUUUGCCCAAAUCUGUUGGUCAUUACGCCAGGUCCCCUGCAUUGCUUGACGCUGUGGUCUAUUUACAUAAUCAUUGUUUUGCCUGAGACCCUCCCUGCCUGCAGGGUAUUGGUCUAAUCCCCACUGGUUAGAUGGAAGCUUGCUACCUUCACACUCUUUUCUUCUCUCCAACCCCUCUCCUAGCCAUUUCCUUUUCCAACCUGCCACUUCCAUUUCAAAAGAUGUAAAUGUGUUUUCUCUGAUCAAUAAAGGCACUGCAUUGCGUUCC